AUGCCGCCAAAGCGUACUCUUCCUUCUACGACCACCAUUGUAGGGAGCAGUGGACUCCCGACACGCUCAAGGCACCGGGGCGCCACUCCUCGUGGCCCUACAGCUCCAGGUGUACCAUAUGUACACCUGGAUGCCGUUGAGCGUCGCUCGAGCCGAGCCGCCGCGGCGAGAGACCAAGUCGACGAGGCUCGACUACUCCCAUGGUUCUAUAGCUGUAGUAGCGAGCCAUCUGCAGUCGAGAUCUCAUCUAUUGCCGAUGAGAUGAAGAUGUCCGUCGCAGCCGUCCAGGACUGGGUCAACGCCCGGCAGGCGCGAAAGCCCACAUCCUCUGCACAGAACCCAAUGAGUUCUUCAUCAAACUCACGAUCAGGGUCGAGUCGUGCUGUCUCGAGUGCGCGCUCGACUCCUGUUGCCACUUCUGGUGGCGCGUCCGUAGGGGGUCUAUCCCCAAUCCUCGAGAGUGCUCAGCCUCUCGAGGUUGACCAGAUGACCGGUGGCGUCUCUUUGCCCACCGCCGGCCAGAAAGUAAAGGCAAAGAGAAUGACCUCGAGUCAAACCGAGAAAUUGGGGAAAUGGUAUGCUCAGAUUGUUGGGAGCGAGCAGAGGCUCCCCUCCCCUGAGGAAUGGGCGGCGAUCAGCGCGAUCGUCAACAAAUCCGUAGACAAAGUCCAGCGAAACUGCAAGCGCAAUGGGCACGUCUACAUUGCGGACUAUAGUCCGCCUGCGACGCUGGUGACCCGCCGGUCGCAAGGAGUUAUCGGGGUAGAUGUGACCACGUUCGCUUCAACCACGACGACGGUGACAAGGAGCUCGGCGGCGGCUCCUGCCACAUCGUCGUCUGCUGAGAGCGGAGGUAAAGUGGUGCGCAAACAAACCACGCCGUCGCGCGUAGCUCCAUACUCGACGGAUCCUACGACACGCAAGAAGUCGACAAAGAAAUACGCAACGAGCAAGACGAAGAAGAACUCGGCUGUCACCGAUGCGACGCCUCUCCCGAAACCCAGGAAAGCCAAGGCAGUCAUUCUCGUCGUUCACACACCUCCCUCCUCAUCUACACCACACACUUCGUCCGUCGACCUUGCGCAUGAAGAGUACCACGCCGCCGGCUUCGGCCCUCAUCCAACCCCUCAAUCGAGCCGCGAACCAAAUUCACGCCCACCUUCCAGUCUCCCCAUUCCUCCUCGCAUCUCAUACGCUCCUAUUCCAGCAUCUCUCCCCUUCUUACCGCGCCCAGCCCCUCAGUAUAUCCCGCCGCAGUACGACAUGGCGCUCAUCCUCGCGUCAAUGGCCGGCAAGACGACAUUCUCGACGUCGAGCAUCCGAGACACGCUCUCUCCACCAACGUCGAGCAAGAAGGGUAACACCUCUCGACCAGUCCGCAUCACGGGCUUGAUCCCUUCGAAGCCAACCGUGUCCGACGCCGACAUCUGGAGUUACCGCCUCAGCCACCCAUAG